AUGAAUUUGAGUUCAUACUAACAUUUCGUCAAUGUCAACUGUAAUUAACGGCUGGCGGCCGAUCUUGUGGGCAUAAACGGCGGCUGAAAUGAUAUUUAAGAAGGAUUUCAUUCUCCAAUGUCCUCUACGUCCUUCCCCCUUACUUAGCUUUACAAGUAUUGGCAUGGAUUUUAAGGAUACAAAGGCCUUUUCCAAUUCCUCCCGACGAUAUUAUCCCACAUGGAUCCUCGUUUUAAUCGUCGUCCUUUUGCAAAUUUACCUAAUCUUCACCACCACUUGCUUCGUUCCACUCUCCCCUGCCACCGCUAGAGAAGGCGACCAACUCUCUAACACAGCUGCUGGAGACCCAUGCAGCUCCGGGAGAGUGUUCGUUUACGACCUGCCUCCCAUUUUCAACAAACAACUAUUGGAAAAUUGCGAGGCCUUAGACCCAUGGACCUCCCGCUGUGAUGACGUGUCCAACGGUGGGUUCGGCCGGCUUGCGACGGAGCUCGUUGGCGUUGUUCCCGGUGGUCUAGCUCCGACGUGGUAUUGGUCGGAGCAGUACAUGUUGGAACCGAUUAUACAUAAUCGGAUUCUUAACCAUAAGUGUAGAACGUUAGAGCCGGAAUCAGCUACGGCCUUCUACAUACCGUUUUAUGCUGGUCUCUCCAUCGGACGGUUCCUAUGGCAGAAUCACACUACUUCCGAUCGUGAUCGGGAUUCUGAGAAGUUGAUUAAGUGGGUCCAGGAUCAGCCGUAUUGGAAUAGAUCGAACGGUGGAGAUCAUUUCAUCACGCUGGGACGGCUGACUUGGGACUUUAAACGGUGGGGGAAUAACGAGUGGGGGUCCAGUUUUGCGUUCAUGCCAGGGAUGAAAAACGUGGCGAGGUUGAUCGUGGAAAGAGAACCGUCCGAUCCAUUGGAUAUCGGUGUACCUUUCCCCACAGGAUUCCACCCUAGAUCUGACGCUCACGUGUUAAAUUGGCAAAGCUUCGUUCGUGAACGUAACAGAACAAAUCUCUUCUGCUUCGCCGGCGGAACAAGACAUGGAAUAAAGAAUGACUUUAGAGUGCUUUUACUGAGUUACUGCAUCAACGAAUCGGCCGGUGGGUGCCGAGCCGUGAAGUGCACUGCGAACCGUUGCGCGAGUGGGGACUCGGCGGUUCUGGAAACGUUUCUGGACUCGGAUUUCUGUUUGCAGCCGAAAGGCGAUUCGUAUUCGAGAAAAUCGGUGUUUGAUUGCAUGUUGGCCGGUUCGAUUCCGGUUAUUUUCUGGGAGAGAACCGCUUACGGGCAAUACGAGUGGUUCUUGCCGGACGAGGCGGGGAGUUACUCUGUUUUUAUCGAUCAGAAGGAGGUGAGAAAUGGGUCGGCAUCCAUUAGAGGAGUGCUCGAGAAAAUUAGUAGAGAGAGAGUGAGGAAGAUGAGAGAGAAAGUGAUUGAAACGAUACCAAAAUUAGUUUACGCGAGUGCUCCCGAGGGCCUGGAAACUAUCAAGGAUGCUUUUGAUAUCGCCCUCCAUGGCAUCUUUCAAAGAUUCAAGUUAUGA